AAUAUUUAAAUUUCCAAGUAAAACAUUUUUAUGAACAUUAAAUAUUGCUUUAAGCAUAUAUGCAUGUUUAUAUGUAAACAAAUAAUUAUAUACAAAAGUGAAUAGAUUUAUAAAAAGAUUUGACAGAAUGGAUUUACAUGAACGUUACAUGCGUACAUCAACAAUGGAUUUUUCAGUUUUUGGAUUAUUAGAAAUUUCAUUUAAAGAUGACCCAUUUUUAGUAUUACAUCGUUUAGUCAAACAUUAUAAUAAUGAGAUCAUAAAAGGCAAUGUGGAUACCAAAAAAUUGGAAACACUUCGAAUGGUGUUAUGUUAUGAAUAUCAACUUAUAUUUAAUUCUAAGGAGAGACAUACUAGACCAACUCUAAAUGAUUUAUGUUUAAAAAAUAUACAAAACAUUUUAUUUUUAGAAAAACAUUCUCAACAAUUUGCUGUACAUCCAAUAUUAUACGAUAUCAUAAUUUUGCAGUUAAUACUUUACUGUAAUUUACAAUGUACCGAAGAACAUUUGACGAGUUUUCAAAAGUCAAAUGUUGAUAUUUUAACAAAUAAUGAAAGUAAAUUUUUUUAUAUAAAAGUUUUGGAAUGUUUUCUGGAAUCAUUGCAAUUAAGACAGUUUUUAUAUGAUAAUCUGGAAAUGAAUGUAUUAAAACAUUUCAAUUCAUUGUACUUAAAAGAUAUAACAUUAUGGCUAGAAAUUAAGGAAAACAAAGAAUGGCAAUUAUUUGCUUCAAUUCUUCCAAAGUUAAUAAGCACUUAUGGUUCUGAGAAUGUUUUACCAAUUAUAUGGAAUUUUGUUUUAAAUAAAUUGGAUGAUUUUAAGGAUUUGCUUAGUGCAUUGAGUAUUAUAAUUAAUAUAUGUUUUUCACUUAAUCUGAGGAAUGAUAUCAUUCAUACACAUUGGGAAUUAUGUUGUAUGGAGCAAUUAUGGUUAUUAAUUAUAAAGAGCUUAAAGUCACCUGUACAACAGUUUCGAAAACAAGGAUUAUUUAUAAUGAAACAUGUAACUGAUUUCAUGAGUAUUACUGAUGAAAGUAUAUUACACUUAAAGAAACCUGCAAUUGUUCCUUUUGUAUGCAGUCAGAAAAUUAAAACAGAAAUAUUAAUAAAAGAUAUCAAACAAAACUUCUUUCUGAUAUUAAAUGCACUAGAGGAAAAGCAACAUCAUUUAAUAUUACCUGCUUUAACACAUUUAUCAACCUUAAUAAAAGGUAAUGAAGAACAUACUUUGUGUAAUGAUUGUUUUAAUAUUGUUUGGUUGCAAUUGAUUUUUGAAAGAAUAUUGCAACAUGAAAAUAACAACAUAGUAAAACAGGGAGUAUUGUACAUUUGCAAGUUAUGUACUUCUAUAAAUGAUGCUGAGUUCUUGAAAUUAUUUGUACAUGUUUUAAACAAUACAUUUCUAUAUGAAUGUCAGUCUUAUAAAAAAGAACCAGAAAUAUUAGAUAGUAUUAUAGUAUUGUUUACACAUGCAGCAAAGAAAGAAACUGAGUUCAUUAAAAAUCUAUUGGAAAUGAUGAACAAAGAAACAUGGGCUCCUAUACCAAUAUUCUAUGUAAUAAAAAUUUUGAGAACAGUUCUAAGUAAUAUCAGUAAAAUGAAUCAGUGGGAAGAUGAUGAAUUAAUUUUAAUUAAAUCUUUGAUACAAAAAAAUUUAAACAUGCAUUCUCACAUAAUAAGAACUGCAUCUCAAAUUGAACUUAUACAAACAAUUUGUCUUCCUAUAGAAAAAAUAAAUAAUGUGAAAAUGGUAUUAGAAACAUUAUUAGAAUUUUCUCUGGAUGAAACACUUAUAAGAGAUUCAUUUUCAUGGAAAAAUGUAGUAAGCUGGUUAAAAAAAGUUCUUGUAAAAAUAAAUGCAAUAGAUUUUAUAAAAUGUAUUUGUGAAGAAUUUUCAAAACAAGAUAUAGUUUUGAAUCUAAGUCCUGCAAAGUUUGCUGUUAUAGUUGCCAUGUUUUAUGAUGCAGGUUUCAUAUUACAACAUAAAACAUGUGUUGUGAUAGGAAUACUGAACAACUGGUUGUCAAUACUUAAUGGGAUAAAUACUAGACCCUAUGCAAAUCAUACAUAUAUAUUUUAUAUAAUAGACUUUAUGUCGCAUUUGUUAAAUUUAAACACAAUAAAAACCAGUGAAACUGUUACACAACUUUUGACUUUACAUUUUAAUAAUGCAUUACAAUUUUUACUUCAAAAUAGUAAAAGUAUGCCAUAUAAAUUAAAAUAUGAUGAAAACAAUAAAUGUCUUGCUAUAAUUGCUUCAUUUCUUAACAAUGGAAAUUUAAUUUUAUCAGAAAAAGAAAUUUUAAAUUAUGCAGAGAAAUUUAAGAAUGAGAGUAUAGUUAUUCUUCAAAAUAUAAAACAAUAUACAAGCAUGCAUUAUAUGUAUGCAUUACAGAUUUUGUAUUAUACUCAAGAGAUUUUAUGCAAAAAUCAGAUAUCAAUUUACAUGGAACCUAUAUUAAAUAUUUUUGAUAUUUGCAUCUCUGAUGGUGAUCAAGAUCAAGUAAAUAUUAAAGGAAAAGUAAUAUCAGAUUGUUACUUGUUACUUGCAAGACUUAUGCAUCAAUUUUUAACAAAGGUAGAAGUACAGUUAUGGUCUCAAAAAAUUGAUUGGUUCAGAAGUACUUCAUAUCUUUAUGAAGUAGGAGGAAAUGAAAUCAUUCCAGAAAUAGCAUUAAUUUUAAAAACAAUUAUUAAUAAAGGGGCUAUAAAAGAUAAAGAAGAUAAAUUAAAUUUAGAAUCUAUUUUUACUACAUGUUGGAAAACUACAUUAUUAAGUAGCAAGAAUAAAUUGUACUUUAUAGCAAUAAACAAUCUUCUUGGAGUUAUUAUAAAUAAUAAUUUUUUGGAAUUACCUGAUGCUACACAUUUCGUAAAUAAUUUUCUUGAUCAAUUACUUGAAGAAAGUAAUAAUGUGCCAAAAUUGAAACAAAUGUUAUUAAAUGAAAUGAAGUCAUUAAAGAUAUUUUAUUUAAAAAAUUUACAAGAAUCAUUAUUAUCAUGUUGUCUUCAUGGACAGGUACUAGGAAAAAAUAAGCAAAUAGAAAAUCAAGCAUACCUGUAUGUUAUACAAAAUUAUAGCACUUGCUAUCCACAACACAUAUCAGUAAUAGAUUAUAAUAAUGACACUAAUGUCAGAGCACUUUCAAUUAUAUUAUUAUACAAGAUAAUCAGUGCAAAUACAGAGUAUGCAUCCACAUUUCUUCCAGUUGUUUUGCAAAAAUUAGAAAAAUAUAGAAACAAACGUUAUUUCAAUCAUUCUUACAUACAUAAGAUAAAGCACAGAAUAAUGCAAAUUUUAUUAAUAUUGCAACCAGUCCUAAAUAAGUUAGACACUAUUACAUUAGAAGAAUAUCUCUGCAGUUCAUUGCUGUUAGAAAGCAAUCAGCAUAGUGUUAAACUAAUGCAAGAGUGGUUAUUAAUAAAAAUUUUUGCAGAAAAUAUAGAAAUUCAUCAAAAACUCUGGAAACUUUUUGAAGAGGGUAUUACAACACGCCCAGGAUGUGUUAGUUCUAUAUCAUGUAUUUUUUAUCAUGUUUCAAACCUUCUUCCUACUGAUUAUCAACGUAAUUUUAUUUUAACGGGAAUAAGGUAUAUUGCACAUUGUUGUUUAGGGCAACAAUAUAGCAUGCGUCUUUAUAAUCAGACCAUUUUUGUAAAAUUGUAUGAAAUGUUAGAGCAAUUUGAUUGUAAUGAUAUUACAUCACAAUAUAAAGGGUUAUAUGAUGCUACAAUAACAAGUUUAAAAGGUGGAAAUUUAAUGAAAAACUCAAACAGAAUUCAAGAUGAUUUUUAUCUUUCAAUUUUUCAUGCUAUCCAUGACUUUAGCCUACAGACAAUUUAUUUUGAACUCCCUCGGUUGACUGACAUGGAUUCAACUGAAUGGAUUACUCCGGAUUUAUUUCAAAAUCUACAUUUUAAAGAAACUAUUAAUCAUCCUCUUCGACUUUAUAAUCUGAAUACAUUAUUAUCAGAUACUAAAACAUCAUCUUACUUGAUUAAGUCUUCAGCUGAUAAAGAAUUAUCUGCACAAAAUUCUAUAAUGGAUACUGAACAACUAAAUAACAUCCAGAAAAAAAUAGAUCCUUUAAUGUCUACAAAUUUAUCACAUGACAUUUUUCCAACUAUUAGAGAAUCUGUUUCCCAUAAAAGAUCGUUAUUGGAUGAUGAAGGUCUUAUAGUUGUAGCCUGUCUUGUUAACCGUGCUCCAAAUUUAGGAGGACUUGCUCGUACUUGUGAAAUUUUCAGUGUUAAAGAAUUAGUUAUUGCUAAUUUAAAUCAAAUUACAGAUAAGGAGUUCCAGAAUCUUAGUGUAUCAGCUGAAAACUGGAUAACUAUUACAGAGGUAAAACCACAUCAAUUGUGUAAGUUCUUAUUGGAUAGAAAAAAAAUGGGGUGGUCAUUAGUUGGUUUAGAACAAACAGUUAACAGUACAAAUUUAUUAAACAUGAAAUUCAAGAAGAAAACAAUCCUUGUAUUAGGAAAUGAAAAGGAUGGAAUUCCUGCUAAUUUGAUACCUUUAUUUGACACCUGUAUAGAAAUACCCCAAGCUGGUAUAAUUCGCUCAUUAAAUGUUCAUGUUAGUGGAGCAAUAUGUAUAUGGCAAUAUUCAAAACAACAUGUGUUAAUAUAAUUCAGUUUUUAUAUUCAUAUAAUU